AUGCGCAUCCAUCCACAACACAAACACAAACACAAGGAUCGAGCAUCUGUAUACAGACAUAAAUAUAGUUUACAGAUGGCCUCCUUGCUCGAUUUCUUCAACUGCUUUUCAGAAACAUCACCCUCCGGAAAAUUUGUAUGCGAUGGAGAUGUAUGUGUUUUGAGAAAAGACAGAUCAGUCGGCAGUGGUGCUAGCGUUAAGUUGAAGAAGAACCAGAAGCAACAACGAAGCCUUCGGAUUCCAUUUGUUCGACGAGAAGCCAGUCAAAACGCAAAUUAA